ACUUAUUCAGCCCAGAUUCUUCGUAGUAGAAACGCCCGAAAAUCUGCUGAACUUUAUCGAAACUCACGCUUUAGAUGUGUUGCAAUCAAAAGACUUUCUAAAUUUGUCAGCCGGAGCUCUUUAUGAUAUUAUCAUUCGUGACUCGUUUUAUGCCAACGAAUUGGAUAUAUUCCGUGCGGUUUAUCGCUGGAUCCUUGAAAAUCAACCCUACAUCGAUUCUGAUGUCAUCAACAAUGUUUUAUCUGCUAUUAGACUUCCAUUAAUGAAUGAUGAAGAACUGAAUGAGGUUAGCAAAUCAAAUCUGGUUGGUUCGGAGAAAAUUUCGGCUGCCAAGAUGUUACGAAACACGGUGUCACCACCUGAGCUUCAAUUUCGAGGACUGCAAAAUGUGAAUCUUAUUCAUGGUUCUCAAGGUGUACUGGAUAUCAAUGAAAUUGACGGUGGUGCUAUGAUAAAUUUGGGUCAUUUAACAAUAAUAAACAAUAUGAAAAUUAUUUUUGGGGAUAAAGAUUCAGGGAAUUAUAGUUAUUACAUCGAUGUUUCAAUUGAUGGCCGCCACUGGGUGCGUGUUGUAGAUUAUUCAGAAUAUAUUUGUAGUUCUGCUCAAUAUUUGUGGAUUCCUAUACAAAUAGUGUGGUUCAUUCGAAUAGUUGGUACAAAAAAUACUGUUAAUAAGAAAUUCCAAUUAUUAGAACUAUUGUACAAUACUGAAAGAUGGGACGCGGUAAAAAUCGAAAAUGGAAUUGUUGCUCCCAAGUACACCAAAUGA